GUGGUCUAAUGCCUUCUCAGCUCCGAAAACUUAACUCAAUGGGUGUAGGUUUUAUGUUUCAAGUUGGAACUUCCAAAGAAGAAAAACAAAUAAAUAAAGAAUAAGGGACAGGGAGAUCAAUCUUGUAAACGUUAUAUUCUGCCUUUUGCGGUUUUGCCAUUCCUCUCUCGUUGCGUGUACUUCCAGGCUAGGCGGGAAAAAGAAAUAUUAAGGUUCGUAUUACCGUUGGAUUUAGUUGGCGCCAUGAAAUGAAUCACGCCCUCUUACGUUGUCUGCACAACUGCCGAUUUCUCAGAUCCUUAAAAUGUAUUCACGCAUGUCUUGUAAUCGAUGGCUCGACUACCUCAUCGGACCUCGUCCUCAACAAAAUUCUUCGUGUCUAUUCAAGAUUUGGAGCCAUAGAUUGUGCUCGCAAGGUCUUCGAAGAAAUUACUCAGCCAAAUGCCUUUCUCUGGACGGCUUUGAUUCAUGGGCAUGUCGAAAACCAACAGUACGCAGAAGCUUUUGCUCUGUUUUGCCGAAUGCGCACUGAGUCUGUCCCGCCCCUGAAUUUCACCAUUUCAUCAGUGCUCAAGGCUUUAGCUAGGCAAACUAGAGUAAAAGAUGGGGAGGCAGUUUAUGGGUUUUCCUUGAAGUAUGGAUUGGGUUUUGACGUAAUAGUGCAAAAUGCAGUGCUGGAAUUGCUCAUGAGAUGUCAGAAAGUAGAUGUUGCCAUAGGGGUAUUUGAUGAGAUGCAAGACAAGGAUAUUGUUUCGUGGAAUUCAAUGAUUUCUGGUUGCGGGAAUAAUGGUAGAGUUGAAAUGGCUCGCGAGCUGUUUAAUAAGAUGCCGGAUAGGAAUGUGGUUUCAUGGACGAGCUUGAUUUGUGGAUAUGUUAAGGCUGACGAUAUGGCAGAGGCGCGGAAUCUUUUUUAUGCCAUGCCUGUCAAAGAUUUGGCAUCGUGGAAAGUGAUGCUUUCUGGGUACAUGGAUACUGGUGAUCUCAUCAGUGCUUGCUGUGUUUUUGAAGCAAUGCCAAUUCAUGAUAUUGUAACUUGGAAUAUUAUGAUUUCGGGAUUCUGUAAAGCAGGUGAAUUAGGAUCGGCAAGAGACAUUUUUAACAAGAUGCUCAAAAGAAAUGUUGUUUCAUGGACCAUGAUGAUUGAUGGAUACAUUAAAGCUGGCGAUAUUAAUGAAGCAAAAUGUUUAUUUGAUCAAAUGCCUGAAAGAAAUCUGGUAUCCUGGUCUACAAUGAUUGGAGGUUUUGCUAAGAAUAGGCAGCCUCAUUGCGCAUUAGAAAUGUUUGGCCGCUUCAAGGAAGAGGGCAUUAAACCAGAUGAAACUUUUAUUUUGGAAAUUAUCUCAGCUUGCUCACAGUUAGGGAUUCUAGAUACAGCCGAAGCAAUUAUGAGAGACUGCAUGGGACCCCAUCUUUUUUCUAAUCAACGAAUAGUUACUAGUUUGGUAGACAUGUAUGCAAAAUGUGGAAGCAUUGAAAAGGCCUUGCAAGUAUUUGAAAAGGCCUAUCCAAAAGACUUGCUCUGCUACAGCACCAUGAUUGGAGCAUUUGCAAAUCAUGGAUUGGGUCCAGAAGCCCUUUCGUUGUUUAAUGAAUUGCUAAGGGCGAGCAUAAAACCUGAUGGAGUAACUUUUCUCAGUGUGUUAAGUGCUUGUAAUCAUGGGGGCCUUGCUGAUGAGGGCCGGAGGUACUUUAAACAAAUGACUGGCGUAUUUGGGAUUCAGCCCUCUGAAAAGCACUUCGCAUGUAUGGUUGAUCUUCUUGGUCGUUCUGGUAGCCUUGAUGAGGCACAUAAACUCAUAAUUAACAUGCCAUUAACACCCACUUCAGUUGUAUGGGGUGCUUUGCUUGCCGCUUGUAGGGUCCACUGUAAUGUCCCAAUUGCUGAAGUUGCCGCAGCUGAGUUAUUCAAGAUUGAACCAGAAAAUUCUGGUAAUUAUAUUCUUUUAUCCAAUAUUUAUGCUGCCGCUGGAAUGUGGAGUGAUGUUGGUAAAGUUAGAGCGAUGAUUAGGGAGCAUGGGGUCAGAAAGAAUAGAGGUUCAAGCUGGAUUGAGUUGGGCCGCAGCAUCCAUGAAUUUGUAACAGGAGAUGUUUCACAUUUAUAUUCAAGUAGCAUAUACCUGAUCUUGGAUUUGCUCUAUGAAGAUAUGAGGCUUUCAGGAUGUAUGGUGGACUCCAAACAGAAAGAACUAAUUACCCUCUCUACUUCAUGGUCUUCUUAUAUAUACCCCUACGAGAUUUUGGAAGGUGGAUAAUUUUUUAAAUGAGAAAUGUUGGAGACCUUUAUAUGAUCAUUGAACAUUGUCAAUCUAAGCACUAUCAAUGCUCAUACUUGGCAGGAGUCUGUCAACUAGUAAAAUUAUGCAAAAGGUGGUCAAAUGUGUCAAUCAAGUUUUGGCUGUCAAUUAAUGCAUUCGUGUGAUAAGUAAGAUUAUGAUUCAUUUGGGCAAA